AUGGCAGCCGGCAGAGCGUCCUUGGUAGCUGUCAGUGUUCGCGGUCUAUUAAGUAAUCAAUUAAUAACGAAAACGACAUUAUGCCUUCCGAGCAUCCACAACACUACCAAGCGAGCAUUUGCAUCAGGUGUACUGUCUCAGCCCAUUGAAGACUCCAUCACCACAAACACUCCAAGCACCACUUUCAGUGGACCUUUAGAACAUUACAACAGUCUCAUCCAAAGAGGAUUAUUACAUGAGGACCAGCAACAGAGAGCUGUUCUGCAGGAACUAGAUCGAAUGCAGAAGAAAUUUAAGGGAUACAGCAACCACUCUGCAUCAUUCUUUUCAAAACUAUUCUCCAAACAGAAGCCCCCCAAAGGCUGCUACAUUUACGGGGAUGUAGGUACUGGUAAAACAAUGCUGAUGGACAUGUUUUACAGUCAUGUAGAGAUAACAAGCAAAAAGAGGGUCCACUUUCAUGGAUUUAUGCUAGAUGUACACAAAAGAAUCCAUCGCCUGAAACAGAGCAUGCCCAAGAGAAAGGCAGGAAAAAUGGCAAAAGCUUAUGAUCCUAUUGCACCUGUUGCAGAGGAAAUCAGUGAGGAGGCCUCCCUGCUAUGCUUUGACGAGUUUCAGGUCACAGACAUUGCAGAUGCCAUGAUUCUCAAGCAGCUUUUCGAAAACCUCUUUCGCAAUGGUGUUGUAGUUAUCGCCACAUCCAAUAGACCUCCAGAUGAUUUGUACAAGAACGGAUUACAGAGGGUGAACUUUGUGCCAUUCAUAGCUGUGCUUAAGGAGUAUUGCCAAACAAUUCGUCUAGACUCUGGGAUAGACUACCGCAAAAGAAAUCGACCCGCAGCAGGAAAACUCUUCUACCUUUCGAGUGAAGACAAUGUACAGGAAACAUUGGACAAACUCUUUGAUGAAAUGGCAUUCAAACAGAAUGACAUAACCCGCCCCAGGUCUCUGAAAGUACAUGGUAGGACUGUGACACUGAGCAAAGCAUGUGGGACCAUCGCAGACUGCACUUUUGAGGAGUUGUGCGAUAGGCCUUUAGGAGCCAGUGACUACUUGGAGAUCUCUACAGUGUUUGACACAGUGUUUAUUCGGAACAUUCCAAUACUGACCUUGAAUAAGAAGACCCAGGCCAGGCGCUUCAUAACCCUCAUUGAUGCGUUCUAUGACCAUAAGGUACGAGUGGUGUUACAGGCUGAGGUGCCAUUGGAGGAGCUGUUCGUAAAUGAAGGACACCACGAUGAUGAGAGUCACAUUUUGAUUGAUGACCUGGGCUUAAAAAGGGAUGCAGCCAGUUCACUAUCAAUCUUCACUGGUGAGGAAGAAGUGUUUGCCUUCCAGAGGACAGUGUCGCGCCUUACAGAGAUGCAGACGGAGGAGUACUGGGUCGAAGGGGAUCGGAGCACUUUAUAACACACAUCAUUUCCAGCUCCAUGUACAGUGGAUUCAUCUCCUUUUUCAGAACUCUGUGGAAUUUCUAUGAAUAUUUUAAUCAAAACUCUUAACUAUUCUGCUGCACUUUAUCUUUUGAAUAUACUUCUCUACGAGGUUGGGGCAUGUAAAAAUAUGUCUGUUAAUGGAGUGCAUUCCAUUAAUGGAGUGGAAGAAGUGUCUUCUGCCAAUUAAGUGUUUGAAAAAAGACUUGCCUUUAAGAAUAUGUAUCUUUGUCACUGCAGCUUAUUUUAUUCUCUAUACACUCUCAUGCCAGCACAGCCAAUAAGCAUCUAUUUAAGAGAAUAUGCAUUAAAUUAUUUUUUAAAAGGUGA